UCAGUCGUACGAUAGUUGUUCGUAGGAAAAGCCUAUGUUAUUAGAAUGACAGGUUGACAGGUAUCAUUGGAUCUUGAUGAAAGUUGACAACAGAUCAAAGACAAGUCCAGCUAGGUGAACUGUUAUUACGAUAAUCGCUUGUCAAGAAUCAACGUCAAAAGUUUUCUCUAUCGUUUUGUAUUCAGAGAUAGAUAAGUCGUAACUGACUUGAAUUGAAUCAAAUCAAGUCAAUUUGUAUCACAAUGCUAAAUCACAAGAGAAAAGAUAUUUCGAUAAUCUUAACUACUUUUUUCAUGAAAUUUACUGGCUUUUGGUUAGCCGUCAAUCCGAAGGAACAAUUUCGACGACGUAUUGCUUUUUAUUAUAACGUCGGUGCCGUAUCAUUCGCCGUUUACGUCGAGAUAACUGAUUUUAUUUAUUCCCGUAACAAUUUCACCGAAGCGAUAUAUAUAUUGUGUAACACCAUGACGCUCGUAAUGGUUCUAACUAAAAUGUUAAUAUUAACCUUACAUCGUACGAAAUUUAUGUAUCUGAUACAAUACAUGCAAAAUCAAUUUUGGAAUUCCGAUUAUCAACACGACGAGAAUAUUAUCAUAGAAACUUGUAGAAAGCAAUGCACAUAUUUCGUUUGUUCGUUUAUUUUUUUUGCUUUGGGUACAGUUUUUGGUUAUAUGAUAACACCGAUCAUUGAAAACAUUGGUAAAAAUGAAACCGACAGGAUAUUACCAUUUACAAUGUGGAUUGAUUUUCCUUUUUCAAUGUCGCCAUAUUUCGAGAUAAUGUUCGUAAUACAGAUUUUAUCACUUUAUGGGGUUGGCAUUUGUUAUUUUUGUUUCGAUUGUUUAUUAUGCAUCAUGAACAUACAUACGGCAGGACAAUUUCGUAUUUUGCAAAAUCGUCUUAUUAAAAUUUAUCAAGAAAACGAUAUCCGUAAUUAUAAUCAUAUUAAUCAUUUAGAAGAUGUUUACAAUAGAUUUAAGGAACUUGUGAUACAGCAUCAAAUGCUCAUCAAAUAUUCCAAGGAUUUAAAUCACGUAUUUACUUUUAUUACGCUCGGCCAGGUAUUAAUAUUCAGUAUAUUGAUAUGCCUAGUGGGCUAUGAAAUAUUUAUAGUGAGUAAAACUCCUAUCCGACGUGCCGUUUUUAUAUUUUAUAUAAUAGGUACAAUGACCCAACUAAUGAUGUUUACAUACAGCUGUAAUAUAUUAACAGAAGAGAGCAUGAAUAUAGCUGUGGCAGCAUACUCAUCAUCAUGGACAUCUAUGCCUAUAAAUAAAAUUGGUAAAUUGUUAAGGAAAGGUUUAUUCAUAAUUAUUAUAAGAGCACAAAAACCUUGUGUCCUAUCAGCCGGUGGAUUUUUCUCCGUAUCUUUGGAAACUUAUACAGCAGUAAUAAGUACCGCAAUGUCCUAUUUCACAUUACUCAGACAACGAAGUUUGGAAGUAAUUGGUGUCUGA